UCCACAGAGCGAGUUAGAAUUUCAGUUCUUCUCGAUCUCCUUCUCCUUCUCCUCUUGUCUUCUUCAGAAAGAAAGAAAGAAGAAGAAAGCAAAACCCUAACCCUAACCCUAAGAUGUCGUUGAAGGGCGGCGCUGGAUCUUCGCGGGAGGAGCUGAAGAAGAUCUUCAACAAGUUCGACAAGAACGGCGACGGCAGGAUCUGCUGCGACGAGCUCCGGGAGAUCUUCCGUGAGCUCGGCUCCGAAACGACGUCGGAGGAGGUCAAGACCAUAAUGGCCGAGUUCGACAAGGACGGCGACGGCCGCAUUGAUCUCGACGAGUUCGCCGAGGUUCUCAACGGCGGAUCCACCAAGGAUCUCCGCGACGCGUUUGAUCUCUACGACCUCGACAAGAACGGCCGCAUCUCCGCGAAGGAACUGCACGAGGUUCUCAAGCGAUUGGGCCAGAAGUGCUCGCUCAAGGACUGCGCGAAGAUGAUCGGCUCCGUCGACGCCGACGGCGAUGGCCACGUCAACUUCGAGGAAUUCAAGAAGAUGAUGAAGAAACCGUAACUGAAAACCGUAAGGUUCCGUUGUUAAAAAAGCAAGUCAAUUAGAUAGUUGAGAUUAGAACCAGUUUGGUUUGAAAUUUCAUGACGUACUACUAGUUAAUCUGGAUUAGGUGUAAAAUUGUUUCCGAUUAACCUACUUGUUUCUUUAUCAUUGUUA